CUUUGUGUUUCACCUUAGCGUUUAUUGUUUUUGAAUUCAAACAAAUCACUACAAGAGUUUUGUGUAUUCAACCGUUCAUAUUUCUGUUGUUUCCAAAAAAGAAAAAAAAAAUUGUGUUAUUUUAAUUUUUUUGUGUACUCUUAAUUUAUCUUCUUGAUUUUGGUUAUUUUCCCUUCAAACAGCAAAAAAAAAAAAAAAGACAUUAAUAGCUAAGUUAUCUCAUAUUUUGUUCAUUUUUCAACUUACAGUUUUUUUUUUUUGGUAUAAAUUUCACCUAUCUUUCAACUUCGAGUCUUCAACCUCUCUUAUUUCUGUUUUAUUAAUUAGUUUUUCAGAUUCUAAUUACAUAAAAAAAAAAAAAAAGUGAAGCAAAGUUAUCGGUACCCCGUACCCUAUGAAGAGAUUUUUCUCAGCUUGGUACUAAUUCUCUUCAUUGCAAAGGUUGGAUUUCUAGAAAAAAAAAAAAAAAGAUCACUUAGUUUUGAAUUUUGGAUAUCAUUUUGCAGCAGUCUUGUAGGACGGUCCAUCAAUAGCACCAGCUGUUGACUUGUUUCAGUUUAUUCAUAAUAUCUAGAGUUUCAGACCGACUCAAGCUACAUAUAUAAGGAGAAGAAAAGAAAAUCAAUGAAUAUUCUAGUUUCUGUUGCUGAAAAAGUUGCAGAUUAUAUCUUUGAGCCCAUUGUACGUCAAGCAGGUUAUUUGAUAUUCUACAAAGGCAAUUUUGAGAAUUUAGCGGCUCAUGUUGUAUACCUUGAGGCAGAACGAGUGAGAAUCAAUCAUUCGAUUGAAGAAGAAAGCGGAAAUGGCAAAAAAAUCGAAAGAGAUGUGGAGAUCUGGCUAGAGAAAGUGAACGAUCUCAUUGAAAGGGCAAAUCAGCUCCACAAAGAUCCUCGUCGUGCCAAUGCUAGGUGCUCACCAUGGCGGUUCCCCAAUUUGAUUUUACGACAUCAACUAAGUAGGAAAGCCACAAAAAUUGUAAACGAUGUCAUUCAUGUUCAAGGAAAAGGCAAAUUUGAUCGAGUUGGUCACCUUCCGAUCCUAGAUGGAGUAGCCUCCUCCUCUACAAGAGGUGAUGAAAUUUAUGAGACAAGAGAGUCACUUAAGGGUGAUAUUUUGAAGGCCCUAGCAGACCUUAAUUCAUGCAAUAUUGGAGUCUAUGGGUUGGGUGGGGUGGGUAAGACCACUUUGGUAGAGGAAGUUGCUCAAAUAUCCAAGCAACGCAAAUUGUUCGAUAAAGUGGUUAUAACACAUGUAUCCAAAAAUCCAGACUUUAAAACCAUUCAAGGGGAGAUUGCAGAUUUGUUGGGUUUGCAAUUCAAGGAGGAGACAAUUUUUGGAAGAGCAAAUCGUCUAAGACAAAGAAUCAAGAUGGAGAAAAGCAUCCUUCUCAUUCUGGACAAUAUAUGUACAAAGUUUGAUUUGAAGAAAGUGGGAAUCCCAUUUGGUAAGGAACAUAAUGGUUGCAAAUUAUUGAUGACAUCUAUAAAUCAUGAUGUGUUGUUGCAAAUGGAUGUUCCAGAGGAUUUCAUUUUUAAACUUGAACUUAUGAGAGAAAAUGAGACAUGGAGAUUGUUUCAAAUCAUGGCUGGGGAUGUGGUUAAAAAAACAAAUUUAAAAGAUGUAGCAUUUAAAGUUUCUCAAAAAUGCGAAGGUUUGCCGCUUAGGGUAGUGAUGGUAGCAAGUGCAAUGAAAGAUAAAAGGGAUGUCCAAUCUUGGGAAUAUGCAUUACGGAAAUUAGAAAGUAAUGAUGGUAUAGGGAUGGACCCAAAGACUUAUUCUGCUUUGGAAUUAAGUUACAACUUAUUGGAAAGUGAUGAAAUGAGGGAUGUAUUCUUACUUUUUUCAUUACUCCUGGGUAAUGAUGUAGAGUACUUUCUGAAAGUUGCAAUGGGUCUGAAAAUAAUAAAGCUUAAUAGUACCAUGGAGGAUGCAAGAGCCAGACUUUACACAAUAAUCAAAUCUUUGGAGGCAUGUCUAUUGCUAUUUAAAACAAAUGGAAAGAUCCAGAUGCAAGAUUACAUUCGUGAUUUUGCUACCUCCGUAGCAUGUAGGGACAAACAUGUAUUUCUAAGUAAACAACCAAAUGAGGAUUGGCCAACGGAUGAUUUUUUAAAAAGGUGCACGCAGAUCGUCAUAAAUUACUUUCCUAUCCACAAGCUUCCUGAAACGUUUAAUUGUCCAAACAUCAAGUUUUUCUGUUUAGGAAGUGUGAACCGUUCUUUAGAAAUCCCAGAUAAUUUUUUUGAGGGUAUGGGAAGCCUUACAACGCUAGAUUUAGGUUGCUUGAACUUGUCUUCAUUACCCACCUCUGUUCGGUUCCUAACUAACCUUAAAAUGAUGUGUUUGUAUUCAUGUGUUUUGGAAAAUAUGGAUGCAAUAGAAGCUUUGCAAAAUUUAGAAAUUCUUCAUUUAUGGCAAUGUUCAAUGAUCAAGUUGCCAAGAGAAAUAGGGAAAUUGCAUGAAUUGAGGAUGCUUGAUUUGACCAAUUCUGGAAUAGAAGUAUUCCCACCCAACAUCUUAUCUAGUUUGACUAAAUUGGAAGAGUUGUAUAUGGGUGAUACCUCUAUUAAUUGGGGAGAUGUGAAUUCAACGGUUAACAAUGGAAAUGCUAGCAUUGUUGAACUUCAGAAACUACCCAACUUGACAGCCCUUGAAUUACAAAUUCGUGAGACUUCGAUGUUGCCAAGAGACUUGCAAUUGAUGUUUGAGAAGUUGAAGUAUUUUAAAAUAGCUAUUGGGGAUGUAUGGGACUGGGCUGACAUUAAGGAUGGAACCUUGAAAACAUUGAUGCUCAAACUUGGUACUAAUAACAUACAUUUAGAGCACGGAAUUAAAGCAUUGAUCAAAAGAGUUGAGAAUUUGUACUUGGAUGAUGUUGAUGGAAUUCAAAAUGUGCUUUAUAACCUAAGUGCAGACGGAUUUCCUUUGCUGAAACAUCUCCACGUCCAAAAUAAUGGAAACAUGAAGCACAUUGUUAACUCUAAAGAGAGAAAUCAAAUUCAUGUAUCAUUUCCCAUCUUAGAAACACUAGUUCUCCAAAACCUUAAAAACUUGGAGCAUAUAUGUCAUGGUCCACUUUCAAUUACUUCUUUUGGAAGUCUUAGUGUUAUCAAAGUCAACAAUUGUGUCCAGUUGAAGUAUCUUUUCUCCUUUACAAUGGCUAAAGGACUUUCCCAACUUUCCAAGAUUGAAGUUUUUCGAUGCAAUUCUAUGAAGGAGAUAGUGCUCGGAGACAACAAUUCAAGUGCAAAUAAUGAUAUAACUAACGAAAAAGUUGAGUUCCUUCAAUUGCGUUCUUUGACUUUAGAAUAUUUGGAGACACUUGAUAAUUUUUUCUCUCAUUAUUUGGCACAUUCCAAGAGCAAGCAAAAUCAUCAAGGCUUGGAGCCUUAUGUUUCUACACCAUUUUUCAAUGCCCAGGUUGCUUUUCCUAAUUUGCAUACUCUUAAAUUGAGCUCACUCCUCAAUUUGAACAAAAUUUGGGAUGACACUCAUCAUUCAAUGUUCAACUUGACUAGUUUAACCGUGGAUAAUUGUGGUGGGUUGAUGUACUUAUUCCCCUCUACCGUGGUUGCAAGUUUUAAAAACCUCGAACACCUUGAAAUAACUAAUUGUCCUAUGAUGGAGGAGAUUAUAGCUAAAGAUGAGGGAAACAGAGUAUCAAAUGAGGUUCAUUUUUCCAAAUUAGAGAAAAUCAUAUUGAAGGACAUGGACAACUUGAAGACAAUAUGGCACCACCAAUUUGAAGCAUUGAAGAUGUUGCAAGUGAACAAUUGUAACAAAAUUGUGGUGGUUUUUCCUUCUUCAAUGCAAAAAACAUAUAAUAAGUUAGAGAUGUUAGAGGUUACAAAUUGUGCAUUAGUUGAAGCAAUAUUUGAAUUGAAUUUCAACGAAAGCAACAAUGUAGAAGAUGCAACACAUUUGAAAGAAGUUACUAUAGAUGGAUUGGACAAGCUGAAAAAGAUAUGGAGUGGUGAUCCUCAAGGAAUUCUUAGUUUUCAAAAUCUAAGAAAUGUAAAACUAAAUGAUUGUGCAAGCUUGGAGUAUCUAUUACCACUUUCCGUAGCCACUGGUUGCUUACAUCUCCAGGAACUUCAUAUAAUAGACUGUGGAAAUAUGACGGAAAUUGUUGCAGCGGAUAAAGUAUCUAGCGUGAUAGAAGCUCCCAUAAUUGAGUUUAAUCAAUUAAGUACAUUAUUGCUUUGGCAAUUAAGUAAACUCAGGGGUUUCUAUGCUGGAAAUCAUACCCUAGCAUGCCCAUCUUUGAAGAUAAUUGAUGUUUUUGAUUGUGCAAAGUUGAAUUUGUACAGACCUCUAUCUACAAGAAGCUUCAACAUUCGAGAUGACAAACUCUCUAUUUCAAUGCAACAACCACCUUUCAUUGUCGAAGAGGUGAUUCCAAAUUUAGAGCAGUUGAGAAUAAAUCAUAAGGAAACUAAUAUGAUAUUGCAAGCUCAAAAUUCAAGUGUCCUAUUCACAAAAAUCACAAGUCUUGCUUUUGUUGGUAGUAAGAAUAAGAAUGAAGAUACAUUUCCUUAUUGGUUUCUUCAAAAUAUGCGCAGUCUUGAGUCACUAGUUGUUGAACGUAGUUGCUUUAAGAAGAUAUUCCAAGAUGAAGGAAGCAUGAGUGAGGAGACUCACACAAAAAUCAAAAUCUUGACAUUGAGUGACUUACCUAACCUUGAACAUAUAUGUGAGGAAGGAUUUCAAAUUGACCCAGUUCUUGAGUUUCUUGAAUACUUAGAGUUUAGUAAUUGUUCUAGUCUGAUAAAUUUGCUGCCUUCCUCGGUCACCUUUGCUCAUUUGGAAUAUUUAGUGAUAAAAGAUUGCAAAGGGCUAACAAAACUAAUUACAUCUUCUACCGCGCAAAGUUUGAACAAGCUCAUAGCACUAGAGAUAGAAGACUGUACUUCACUUGAAGAAAUCAUUAUUGGAGAGGAAAACUUUCACAUUACAUUUAUCAGCUUACAAGUAUUGAUGUUGGAAUGUUUGCCUAGCCUCAACCAAUUUUGCUCUAGUAAAUUCUUCCUCAAAUUUCCGUUGCUGGAAUUUGUAAUUGUGAGAGAAUGUCCUCGCAUGAAGGUUUUUUCUGAAGGAUACUUAAGUACACCGAAUCUUCGGAAAGUUAAAAUUGCAGAAAAUGAUGAGCAAUGGUUUUGGAAGGGAAACCUAAAUGAUACAAUAAACAAGAUGUUUGAAGAUAAGGUUGCAUUUGGUAAAUUCAAAUAUUUGGCCUUAUCCGACUACCCUGAGAUGAAGGAUUUGUGGUAUGGUCAAGUUGAUCAAAAUCUAUUUUGCAAUUUGAAACAUCUAGUGGUGAACAAAUGUGAUUUUUUAUCAGAUGUACUUUUUCCAUCAAAUGUAAUGCAAGUGCUAUAUGGAUUGGAAGAACUUGAAGUAACAGAUUGUGAUUCAUUAGAAGCAGUGUUUGAUGUGAAGGGUAUGAAGUCUAAAGACACAUUGAUAAAACAAAGCACUCAAUUGAAAACAUUGACUUUGUCCAACCUACCAAAAUUGAAGCACAUAUGGAAUGACAAUCCUCAUGAAAUUAUUUCCUUUGGAAAUUUAUGCACGGUGAAUGUUUCUAUGUGCCAAAUUUUGUUCUAUAUUAUUUUUUCAUCAUCACAAUGUCAAGAUCUUGAACAUCUUGAAAUGCUUGAUAUUGAGUCUUGUGGAGUUGAGCAAAUUGUAGGAAUGGAUGAGGAAAUAUCAAUGGAAAUCAAUUUUAAUUUUCCUCAAUUGAAUAAAUUGAGACUGAUUAAUUUGACAAAGCUUACGAGCUUCUACUGUGGAAAGUAUUCUUUAGAGUGUCCUUCAUUAAAGGUUUUGAAUGUAUAUCGUUGUGAAGCAUUAAGAAUGUUUUCAUUCAUCCAUAAACAACCUAACUUGAUGGACAUAAGUCAUGAUAUUCUAUCUCAACAAGCUCUGUUUUCUAUUGAUGAAAAGUUGAGCCCCAACCUAGAGGAAUUGGCAAUAAAUGGCACAGAUUUGUUGGGGAUAUUGAAUGGUUAUUGUCAAGAAAAUAUGUUUCAUAAAGUUGAAUUUCUUCGCUUACAAAGCUUCGAUGAAAGUCCAACUAGUUUUAUGAAUGAACUCCAUAAAAUAUUUCCUAAUCACAAAACACUUCAAGUGCGUAAUAGUUCUUUUGAAAUACUGUUCCCCAUUAAAAGAACCACUGGUCAUCUGAGUAUGAAAAAUUUAAAGCAAGUAAGACAUUUGUGGGUUUAUGAAUUGGAAAAGCUCGAGCACAUAUGGGAGAAAGAGUUUCUACUAGAUCAUCCUCUCCUACAAGAUCUUGAAGACUUAACUGUAUCGACUUGUCCAAGUUUAAUAAGCUUGGUACCAUCGUCCGCAUCUUUCACAAACUUAACCUCUUUGGAAGUGGACAAUUGCAAAGAGCUUCUUUAUUUAACACCAUCCUCAACUGCUAGAAGUCUUGUACAACUCAAAGGAUUAGCAAUAUCAAAUUGUGAGAAGAUGAUAGAAAUUGUGAAGAUUGAUGAGGAAAAUGCAGACAAAGACAUCAUAUUUGAAAACUUGGAAAUCAUGAAAUUCACUUCUUUGUCAAGUUUGACAAGCUUCUGCUAUGAGAAACACACAAUCAUAUUCCCAUCUUUGCUAUCUCUCACUGUUCAAGAAUGCCCUCAAAUGGAGAUCUUCUCAUCAGGAGUCACAGUAGCACCGUAUCUGACAGAAAUUGAAGUGGAAGAAGAAACUAUUCGAUGGAAAGAUGACAUUAACACAACUAUUCAACAAUUAUUCCUAGAAAAGGAAGUCCUACGUUCUAAUGUGCUGAAUGAGACCAUCGUAUCUUCACAUUUGCAAGAUGAGAAGCUAGUUGAUCAAGAUGAUAUUGAGGUAGACCCUGAGGAGGGACCGACAUGCCAUAGUAGAAAAGAUAUAGUUUCCCUUAAUUAUUUUAUGUUGUCAUUGUUUUUCCUGUUUGUUUAUGUUAUUUUGAUUUUUAGGAUCGACACAAAGAUUAUGAGACUUUGGUGUUAGAUUCUAAUAUGCUUGGUUUAUUGUUAUUUCAACUAUUUUUUAGUGAUUUCUUUUGGAUAGUUAUUAUUGCUCUACACUCUUUUUCCCUUCACUAGGUUUUAUCCCACUGGGUUUUACUAGUAAGGUUUUUAACGAGGUAGAAACAAUUCAUUUUAUUUAUUUUGGGUUUUGGUCUAAUCCUCCCAAGUUUGUAUAUUCUUCUCUUUUUGUAUUAUUAAAUAAAAUUUAUAAGGUGCUGCAAUUCAUUUGUGAUAGGGCCUUCCCUUA